ACGCACAUCGCUACUACUACUUGACCUAAAAAUUGUAAUACACUUUUUUUAAUUGUAUUUGUAUUAUAAAUUAACUUAAAUAUAAGGUUGUAUUUGUUAUCUAAAUUAGGUCUAAUUUUCAGACAAGUAAUAUAAGAUACAGUAAUAUAAGAUACACACAACGGCUGUAGAAACUUAAAUAACAUGUUUGUUGGAUCAUCAAAGGAAAGAUUUGUGUACCAUAACACUUUAUUGUGCUUAGUAAAAGCUUUGCAAGGUCAAAAUAUUACUUUGGAUCUUCGUAAUGACUCAUAUACAUGUGGUCAGAUAGUAACAGUUGAUGGUUUUAUGAAUAUUUCCCUUUGUAGUGCUGUUUAUUGUGAUCCUCAAGGAAAUGAGUUCUUUUUUGAAAACCUAUUUAUACAUGGUCGUAAUAUUAGAUACAUACAUAUUCCUGAAAAUAUGUCAAUAAUAGCAACUAUCAAGAAAGAAUUAAACAAAAAUAAAGAGACGGGACCUGUUAAAAAGCCCAUUGCAAAGUCGAGAAAAAAUACAAAGGCACUACAACAACACAUGCAAACCGUAGCAUCGUUAGAUUUGUAACAUUUUUACGUAUGUUUGUAUAUAAAUAAAAAUUGUUUUAUUACAUUCCACAUUUUAAA